GGAUUUCAUUCGUAAUUUGACCGAGAACGGUUUGUGUCUGGCGUAAUACUAUUGAUGUUGUUACUACGAUUUCUAUUUUAGAAAGAAAAUAGUUUAAAGUGAAUCCAAAGUUAGAGUAGUUCUGCAAGUUUACUGAAAGCAGUUGUAAUUAAUUAAUCUUCAGUACUUGGUACAUACACAAAUUUAUCGAUUUGUGUCAGCAAACACAUCGGAUCAGACGACGAAUUCUCUAGUAUUGUGUCAGCCAACAUGGCGGACGACGAGCAAUUCUCGCUAUGUUGGAAUAAUUUCAACAGUAAUUUGUCGGCUGGUUUUCAUGAAUCGCUUUGCCGCGGUGACCUGGUGGACGUGACGCUAGCGGCGGAAGGGCAAUUUGUCAAAGCGCACCGUUUAGUUUUGUCUGUAUGCUCACCCUAUUUUCGCAAAAUGUUCACACAAAUGCCGGCCAAUCAACAUGCUUUUGUUUUUCUCAAGGAUGUAUCUCAUACAGCAUUAAAAGAUCUUAUUCAAUUUAUGUACUGUGGAGAAGUAAACGUAAAGCAAGAAGCUUUACCAGCGUUUAUUAGUACAGCAGAAGCUCUUCAAAUAAAAGGCUUAACAGAUAGCGAUCCUCCACCAUCGCAAUCGCCAGCGGAACCUUCCACACCUUCACCUCAAAUUCAACAGAUAUCUUCGCCUCGCGUCCGCCAACGAACAUCAACUUCUCGUUCGUUCAAAAUUGAAUCUGUUGAAGAUUCUGGAGAUGAUAAGCAAACUCAGAUUGUCAUACAAACUACGGCGGCUCCUGCAGCACAGCAAGUCGUUGCUCAACCGCAAACACAACAUUUGCAGACUCAAAGUCAAACGCAUAUAGCACCUCAACAAAUCGCAACCACCACCACCGCCACUACUACAACUGUUGUUACGCAUAAGCGACCAGCGCGAAGUAUUGGAAGUGGGCCCCACAUUAAACGCACCAAAAGUACAAUUGAUCCGCUAGAUACAACUGAUGUGUCGACCGGAACCCAACAAAUAACUGUGCAAACAGCAGUUGUUGCUGCCCCUGCGCCUGAGACUAAAACACAAGUACAGCAACAGCAAAGUGAGCCGGAAUAUAUAGACUUGCCAAUAGAGUUGCCUACGAAAUCAGAACCAGACUAUGCAGAAGAUGCUGGUGAUGUAGAUGGAGGCGAAAAUGAAACCACUUAUGUAGAGGAUGAUUCUUAUGGAGAGCUUAGGUAUGACGAAAGUUAUUUUACCGAAAAUGACGAUACGCCUGCAGGUGCGACGACGGUACAAACUGGAACAGGUUCAGGUGGUGGUGUAAAUGCAACAACAUCAAAAGCUUUGGUGAAACAGCAACAAUCAUCAUUCACCGACACCUCGUACGUGGAUGUGGCGGACCAAGGAAACAGUGACGCACAAGUUACAAAACCAAUGACAUUACCAAAAUUACUGGAUGGGAGAUUUUAUAAAGACGUUCAGCCGAAUCGGAAAACUUUUGGAGGAAUUCAAGCAACAUGCACAACAUGUUUAGGUGUAAUAUCAGGGACUACAAAGUCUACAGGUAACUUUCUUAGUCAUAUCAAAAGGCGUCACAGAGAGAUACUAUCAGCAUGCCAGAUGUAUUGUCAAACAAAAGCUCCACAUAUGAGCACUGUUUUAUCUGAUGCUUACAAUAAUAUGUGUGACAGUAUCAAAGCAGAAACUGGUAUCAAAGAAGUACGUAAAGAUAGUUUGGGUGUGCCAAUAUAUACAGAAGCCGGAUUAUCACCACACGUUCAAUUUCACGGGCAACAUAACACACCAUCAGCAGCAUUUUUAUGGCAUAAAGCAUUGCCAGUAGUAACCCCAAGCGCCAUUGCAGCUACUGCAUCUAUGCAAUAUAGAAAAUUAAAGCCAAAUAUGCCAACGAAUGGGUGUUAUAUUAACACUCCUCCUUAGAAUAAGAAUUAAUACUCCUCAAAAGUAUGUUAAGAUUCUUAAAAUUAUAAGCAGGUGCGAAUAUUUUUUUUUAUUUUAAAUGAAAUAUUAAAUCAUAUAACUAGUUUAUAUGAAAUCUUAGAAUUAAGUAAUUUACUGCCAACUAACUCACUAUAAUAAAAAUACGAAUCUUAUGACAAAACAGCAUUGAUAAUAAUUUGUUGCGUCAUACUUUUCAUUUCAUCAAUAUUAAUUAACUUACUUCUGAACAAAAAACCUAUAUCGAUAUACAUUUUCUUAAGUUUUAUCUAGAUAUCUUUCCAAUUUUCAACGCCUUAUGCAAGCAUACUUAGAUAUAUUCAUACAUAAGUAUUAAGUAUUAUUUAGGUGGGCUUCAUAAAAAAUAAGGCGUUUGCUGUAGUAAAAAUUGAAAACAUCAAUAUUAAUAAUAAAAUGAUAUACAUUUUAUAUUGCCAACUUUAUAACAUAA